CUGAUGGAGAAAAAACGGAGAGCCAGGAUAAACCACAGCUUGAACGAACUCAAGAGGCUAAUCACUGAGGCUUCCACCAAGGAAGGAGCUAAAGCUAAGGCGGCGAAGCUGGAGAAAGCCGACAUCCUGGAAAUGGCGGUGAAGCAUGUCCAGUAUCUUCACGAUAAGUACAAGGUCGCACAGCAGAAGGAGAAUCAGAGAAUCCCCGCCGUGAGCAAACCUAUUUGUGAAGAGAGACCGCUUCCCUCCAUCCUCCCAAAGGGGUUGACAUCCGCCCAGGAGAGGUUGCGAGUCAAAGGAGUAACCAAACUGCCCAGUGGGGAGAUCGCCUUGGUUAUCGCUUCAGAGAGGACCUCACAACCACCUCAAACAGAACCGCCCAGGUUGAUGUGGAGGCCCUGGUGAUUUCGAGUAAAAACAAUUGUAAAUAACUUAGUUCCUAAAAAACCAUUUAGUGGUUUGUAAAA